GCUAAGACAGCUAAAUAGUUUUAUUUUAUAGUCUUAUUUAUUUUUCUCCAUUUUUUAUAAUUAUUUUUGUAUUAUUAUGCUAAUUCUUUGGCCCUUUGUAUUGAGUUGUGGACUCCUAUAGAGCAGCUACACACAAUAACCAGCACACAAAGCUUUCUAGUUCUUCCAGAAUCUGCACCUAUUCAUCUGUAUUUCUUUGGAUUUUGUGGUUCCCUCGAAAAUGGUCUUUUAAUUUAUUCCACCCACUCUGCUGUGGUUGGUCACACUCAUCGCUAGCUGCAAAUGGUAUAGGAUUUGAUCAUAAAUGACAAUGUAUGUUUUUAAAUUGUGGGAAUCAGGAACUCCCAUACGUGCCAUUGCUGGAAAGUAAACAAAGGGGGAGGGUAGAGAGCUUUGCUGGCUUAAAGCCAUGCCCUUAUAAGGAAGUCUGCCCUUUGUGAUGUCACAAAGGGUCAGUUUUACCACGCCUUUUGAAAGCAAGUGUUUUGAGCCAUUCCAAACUUCUUUUAGGGCUCACUUCCAAAUGCAUAAUCCUUAUUAUCUGAAACUUUGGCUUCGUUUUACACGAGAUUACAACAUUUUAACUACUUUUAUAGGUCAGAAAAUUGGAAAAAUAGGUCAAUUUUUAACAUUUUAAUAUGAAACACAACACUGCUACUCUCAAAUCAAUAUUGCCCUGCUGAUUUGUCAUGUGGAAAAUUACCUGACUGCCAUUGUUCUCACAGCAACCAAAAAACAAGCAUUCAAAAACCAAAUCAAUGUGGAGGAAACAGCUGCACCCACAGGAAGUUUCUGUUGAUCCCCUCAACGUAUAGCAAACUGGCCCAAAAUUCAUACCUUCACUUGUAGAGCGCUAUCUACCUCCCAAGGUGCUCAAAGCACUUUUACGAACCGUUAAGCAAAUUUACGAACUGAUGACACAACAUUAGGAGCGACUGGAUGUUCAAUAUCGUUCCCAAGGAUACUUCGACAUGAUCAUGGCAGGACGGAGGACUGUAGGUUGUAGAACCGACAACCUCCAGGUUCACCAAGUACUCAUGGCUGACAUAAAGGAGCUACUACUGCUGCUGCUGAUGCGAAGUACCAGAACACUCACUUGUGUGCUCUUCUUCUCCGUCUUCGUGUGGAGGUCAGAAGCUAAUUGCCGCAGACCAAUCCAAGAGGGCUUCGCCAUAAACCCCAAACUGUGGCUGAUGAACACUUUUCCGGAUGGCUCCAAUGUCUUUAUGGUGUGUCGUAACGGCUACGAGCCGGAGAGCGGCUCUGACAUGAUGACCUGCCAUGAAGGGACGUGGACUGAGUUGACUCUUAAAUGCAAAAGGAAGGACUGUGGUACUCCUGUUGCUAAGCCGAACAUGAGGUUUGAUACCAGUGGUGGCACCCUCUUCGGCGAUUUCAUAACUGUCAUAUGUGAUGAAGGAUACAUGAUUCAAGGAUUGAACUACAAGCAAUGCAUGGCGAAAGGCUGGUUCGGGAGAGCAACAUGUCAACCCAUAACUUGCCAAAAGCCUGCAAAUGUGACCAAUGGUAAAAGCUCAUGGGAUUCCGAGGGCUUCCCAGCGUACGGAGAGGUCAUACAGUACGAUUGUGAUGCAGGAUACACUCUGCUUGGGAACAGCAGCAUUGUGUGCAAGAACAGUGAAUAUGAUUCCCCGCCUCCUGAAUGUAAAGAGGCGUCUACAUCACGUCCAUCAACCCCAACAGUUGUGCACAGAGAUAAAACUAUCACAGCCAGCACAGAAGCGACCAUCACGACUUCACAGGAAAAUAAUCUGAUGACUGCAGACGCUAACAAGGAAGUUGAUUAUCUCCCUUUAAUCGCCAUGGUUGGUGUUCCACUAGGCGUAGGCAUAGCGGUGUUGUGUCUGUAUAGGCUUAUCAAAAAGAAAGGGUCAUAUGACACCAGAGAAGGCCUGAAGCCCAGGUUAUUCAAUGUCUAGAAGCCCCACCUCACCAAAGCAUCUGAUUGGAAGAGUGCUGGAAAACAUCUGGGAGCCAGGAAGGACUUGCCAACGUGCUGCAGCAGUUCCUUCGACUGAAGGGAAGAAGAAAGAAAAGGGAAUUUAAUAGUAUCGCGCGUCCACUGGCGCAUGAAAUCAAGCACUUUUUUGUAAUAUUUUUGUUUGUAAAUUUUCAAUACUUCCUAAAAUGUUUUCUAUUUAUACUUAUUUAUAUUGAAAACUGGAAUAAACACUAACUUCUUAAUGUACGCUGUAUUUCAGGCCGUGCAAACGUAAUGUGGACACUAGCUUAUUAGCAUGGACGAGGGGGUGUUACAAUGUGGUUCAGUGCAGUGCCUGAUAAUAAUAAAAAAAAAACACACAAUCAACUGCAUUCUUUUCUUUUGCACGUUCUUGGGCCUCAUUGUGGGGCCCUUUUGCUCAGCGAGUUCCGAUAACGGAAGGAUAACAGGAGAAAGAAUGCAGUAGACGC